GAUGGGAAAGCUUCUGUGCGGAUGAGAGGCAGGAGGCGGUGGCAACGGCAGCAUCAGCAGCAGCUCUUUUUGUGCUGCCUGGGACCGGUCACCUCGCAAGGCGCUCCCUCCCAGGGGCUUAGUGCCGCCAUCUCUCCCGCACUGGCACCUGCAGGACCUGGUGCAGGCACUGGCCCAAGGACUGGCACAAGAACACCAAGGUUAACGGGCGCAGUGGCAUCAUGGCGCAAGCCGCCAAGCAGCUCCGCAAGAACAAGGACCUAGCCGAGGCUGCGGCCCAGGAGCUGAGGGAGAAAGAGGAGGAGAAGAUCAAGAAGAGGAACCGCUCAAAGGACCGUAGGCGCAAGGCGGACACUUCGACCAGCUUUCUGCGUGCGGCACGCUCAGGUAAUCUGGACAAGGCUCUGGAUCACAUAAAAAAUGGGAUAAACAUCAAUAUAGCCAAUCAGAAUGGACUUAACGGGUUGCACUUGGCUUCAAAAGAAGGUCAUGUUAAGAUGGUGCUGGAGCUGCUGCACAAUGGGAUUGACCUAGAAGGCACUACAAAGAAAGGAAAUACUGCACUACAUAUUGCUGCACUGGCUGGUCAAGAGAAGGUUGUUGCCGAGCUAGUGCACUAUGGUGCCAAUGUCAAUGCCCAGUCUCAGAAAGGUUUCAGUCCCUUAUACAUGGCAGCACAGGAGAACCACUUAGAGGUAGUGAAGUUCCUUUUGGAGAAUGGAGCCAAUCAGAGCCUCCCUACUGAAGAUGGCUUCACACCACUGGCUGUGGCUUUGCAGCAAGGUCAUGAGAACGUAGUGGCUCUUCUCAUUAACUAUGGAACGAAGGGUAAAGUGCGCCUGCCCGCUCUUCACAUCGCCGCUCGCAAUGAUGACACGCGCACUGCAGCUGUGCUGCUACAGAAUGACCCCAAUCCAGACGUUCUUAGCAAGACUGGGUUCACUCCACUCCACAUCGCAGCACAUUAUGAGAAUCUUAGUGUUGCACAGCUGUUGUUAAACAGGGGAGCCAAUGUGAACUUCACGCCAAAGAAUGGCAUUACUCCCUUGCAUAUUGCUGCCCGAAGGGGAAACGUGAUUAUGGUACGACUACUCUUGGACAGAGGAGCACAGAUAGAUGCCAGGACAAAGGAUGAGCUGACCCCACUACACUGUGCUGCCAGGAAUGGCCAUGUGCGAGUCAUCGAGAUCCUCUUAGACCAGGGAGCUCCCAUCCAGGCCAAGACUAAGAACGGCUUGUCUCCCAUACACAUGGCGGCACAAGGUGAUCACAUGGACUGUGUUCGCCAGCUUCUGCAGUACAAUGCUGAGAUUGACGACAUCACUCUGGACCACCUGACACCUCUGCAUGUAGCAGCACACUGUGGUCACCACCGGAUGGCUAAGGUUCUGCUGGACAAAGGAGCCAAGGCUAAUGCCCGUGCCCUGAAUGGCUUUACACCUUUACAUAUUGCCUGCAAGAAGAACCACAUGCGCUCCAUGGACCUACUGCUCAAGCAUUCAGCAUCUCUGGAGGCAGUGACUGAGUCUGGUCUAACUCCACUCCAUGUGGCUGCAUUUAUGGGACACCUCAACAUAGUAAAAUGUCUUCUGCAGAGAGGAGCCUCUCCCAAUGCAUCUAACGUGAAAGUGGAGACUCCAUUGCACAUGGCUGCUCGGGCAGGACACUGCGAGGUGGCUCAGUUCCUGCUGCAAAACUCAGCCCAGGUGGAUGCUAAAGCUAAGGAUGAUCAGACGCCACUGCACUGUGCAGCUCGGAUGGGACAUAAAGAGCUGGUCAAGCUGCUCUUAGAACACAAGGCUAAUCCUGACUCAGCUACUACAGCUGGACACACACCUCUGCACAUCACCGCCCGUGAGGGACACGCCCAUACAACACGUAUUCUCCUAGACGGCAAUGCCCAGCAAAUCAAAAUGACUAAGAAAGGCUUUACUCCUCUACAUGUGGCAUGCAAGUAUGGGAAAGUAGAUGUGGCAGAGCUGCUUCUGGACAGAGGAGCAAACCCAAAUGCAGCAGGAAAGAAUGGACUAACACCUCUACACGUGGCUGUCCAUCACAACAACCUGGAUGUGGUCAAGCUGCUGGUCAGCAAGGGCGGAUCUCCACACAGCACAGCUAGAAAUGGAUACAUGCCACUACACAUUGCUGCUAAGCAGAACCAGUUGGAGGUAGCCAGCUGUCUGCUACAGUCUGGAGCUAAUUCCAAUGUGGAGUCUCUACAAGGCAUCACGCCCCUCCAUUUGGCUGCUCAAGAGGGACGGCCUGACAUGGUGGCCUUGCUCAUUUCCAAACAGGCCAACGUCAACCUCGGGAACAAGAGCGGUCUGACACCACUGCACCUGGUUGCUCAGGAGGGGCAUGUAGGCAUCGCAGACAUGUUGGUGAAGCAGGGUGCCUCAGUCUAUGCAGCUUCAAGGAUGGGAUACACACCCUUACAUGUAGCAUGUCACUAUGGCAACAUAAAGAUGGUGAAGUUCCUUCUACAACAACAAGCACAUGUUAACAGCAAGACCAGAGUGGGCUACACUCCACUCCAUCAGGCAGCCCAGCAAGGUCAUACAGACAUCGUCACUCUCCUCCUGAAACAUGGAGCUCUGCCUAAUGAGAUCACAACUAAUGGAACGUCGCCUUUGGGCAUCGCUAAGCGACUGGGAUAUAUCUCUGUCAUUGAUGUCCUCAAGUUAGUGACUGAGGAAUCUGUGUCCGUAAUCACCACUGAUAAGCAUCGCAUGAGUUUCCCAGAGACGGUGGAUGAGAUCUUAGAUGUCUCAGAGGAUGAGGGAGCUGCACCGCUAACAUUAGGCGAUGAGCUGUUGGGAAUGGAUGGUGCUCGCUACCUGAAGCUAGAUGACUUGAAGGACCAAGAUGACGACUUUCUUUCACCAAAAAAAUCUCUAAGGGAGUUUGAGAGUGGAAUGGGCACAACACCCUACUCACCUGCUAUUCCCAGAAUUCCAUGUGUAUCUCCAGAAACUGUCAUGCUUGACCAGCACACUCCUAUCCCUUUGCCUAAGGAGUAUGAUGAGGACUCUCUUAUCCCCAGUAGUCCUGCCACAGAAACCUCAGACAAUGUUAGCCCAGUGGCCAGCCCCAUCCACACUGGGUUUCUGGUGAGUUUUAUGGUGGAUGCAAGAGGUGGGUCUAUGCGUGGCAGCAGACACAAUGGCCUGCGGGUGAUCAUACCCCCUCGUACCUGUGCUGCUCCAACACGCAUCACCUGCCGUCUGGUCAAACCACAGAAACUCACAACCCCUCCUCCCCUGGUGGAGGGAGAAGGCCUUGCUUCACGCAUUAUCUCUUUGGGACCAUCCAGCAUGCAGUUCCUGGGGCCAGUUAUUGUGGAAAUUCCUCACUUUGCUUCACUGGGAAGAGGUGAUCGAGAGCUGGUGGUGCUGCGCAGUGAGAAUGGUUCAGUCUGGAAAGAACACCGAAGCCGAUAUGGCGACAACAUGCUGGAGACUAUUCUGAAUGGCAUGGACGAAGAUCUGGAGAUUCAAGAGGAGCUAGAGAAGAAAAGAAUCCGCAGAAUCAUCUCCACUGAUUUCCCCCUUUACUUUGCGGUGGUGUCGCGUGUUCAGCAAGAGAGUGAUUUGAUUGGUCCAGAAGGUGGUCAGCUGAUCAGUAAGUUGGUCCCCCAGGUUCAGGCUAUCUUCCCUGAGACAGCAGUCACCAAACGAGUGCGACUGGGCCUGCAGGCUCAGCCCAUCCCAGACGAGUUGCUGACUCGGCACUUAGGGAAUCAGGCCACGUUCAGCCCUGUGGUGACGGUGGAGCCACGCAGACGCAAGUUCCAUCGGCCCAUCGGCCUGCGCAUCCCCCUACCCCCCUCAUGGAGGGAGAGUCCACGCGAUGCUGGUGAAGGGGACACCACCAGCCUGCGCCUCCUCUGUAGCGUCAUUGGUGGUACAGCUUCAGCUCAGUGGGAGGACAUCACUGGCACCACUAAACUCAUGUACUCCAACAAUUGUGCCAACUUCACCACCAAUGUGUCAGCAAGGUUCUGGCUAGCCGACUGUCCUCGGACAGCAGAAGCUGUGACUUUUGCCAACCUGCUGUACCGGGAACUGACGGCCGUGCCCUACAUGGCCAAGUUUGUGGUGUUUGCUAAGAUGAACGAGGCGCGUGAGGGCCGCCUGCGCUGCUACUGCAUGACCGACGACAAAAUGGACAAAACCCUGGAGCUACAUGAGAACUUCACCGAGGUGGCACGUAGCCGAGACAUAGAGGUAAUGGAAGGGAUGCCGCUGCACUUGGAAUGCUCUGGAAGCCUUGUGCCAGUGAGGAAGGCCACACAGCAACCUCGCACAUUCAGUUUUCAGGCCUUCAGAGACAACAGGCUUCCUGUUUCUGUGAAGGUAAGAGACAGCAAUAAGGAAUCCACAGGAUUCCUGACUUUCCUCCGCAAGUCCACCAAAUAUGAAGAUGCACAGCAUGUGCUGUGUAACCUCAACAUCACCAUGCCCCCCUGUGUAAAGGUGGCAGGUGGGGAAGAGCGCAGACGGACUUUGACACCACUGGCCCUGAGGGAGAGGUACAGCGCCCUGGGCGAAUCGGGACUGGCUGCAGUGAAUACCUUGGAAAGGACAGAGCUGAAGAUUUCACUGAUCACUGAGCAGCUGGGUUUAAGCUGGACUGAACUGGCCAGAGAACUGCAGUUCAGUAUUGAUGACAUUAACAGGAUACGAGUAGAGAAUCCCAACUCCCUUCUGGACCAGAGUACAGCUCUGCUCAACCUGUGGGGUAUUCGAGAGGGCAAGAGAGCCCAGACAGUGGAAAACCUGUAUGGGGCAUUGAAGAACAUUGACCGGUCAGACAUUGUGAAGUCCCUGGAGGAUCCAGUGCCACAGGCAAUACCUGAGGCAGGAAUGGAGGGAGCCUGCAGGCUAGCUGAGCGUGACUCCACCCUGCUCUCUCCCAGUGUUGUCAAUGGGCAACAGAUCUACGCCCAGCUGCGUGAGAAAACUGGACUGAGCCGAGCAAUUGAGCACAACGGAGACAGGUUAAGUAGUGGUGCAUUUCAGCCUUUCCUUCCAGAGAAGGCCAUUGAAUGUGUGCUAGAGCAGAGCCAGGCCCGUGUGGCCCAAGAAGCCUUGCUCACUCCGGUACGUGACACGGGUCAGUCUGAGCUCCUGCAUGGGAGAUUUAUGGGCACUCAGCCUUUUGAGAAGGGGCUUGGAUUCUCGCAUCAGGAUGCACACAAAGCACAGAGAGAUGAGCCAAUUGGUUUCACCAGUGAGUGUCUGAGUGAGGAACAGUUCACUGAUGAGCAUGGAAAUGUGGUCAGCAAGGGUCGGACAUUCACUGCCAAACCUUCCUUCACUCAAAUACAUUUGGGAGACAGAACGAGACGAGAGACACCUGAGAGGCAGGAUGAUGGGAAGAAAAUGGAAGGCGGUGAAUGAAAAAAAAACAUUACCAACACAAACACAACAAAAACCACCACAAAAAAAUUAACAGAAAUGACAAAGGAGCAGCACUUGAGAAAAGGAAGGAGAAAGAGAUCUACCUGUACUUUUGUAACAUUUUUAACAAGCGUGAUAAAAAGAAGACUAGCUUAGGGCAUGAUCUUUUUUGUAUAAAAGUUCAUAAAAAAAACAAACAAAAAAAAAAAAACAAAGAGAAAAAAAAAAACAACAAAAAGUGCUUCCUGUCAACUGUAAAUGCAUGAUCGACUGCUGGUGCAUGACCUAUGACCUUUGAGCUGUCAUUAUCUAUCAACUAUAAACUGGACGAGGAGAAGGGCCCAAGCAGGAUUGGGGGAGGAUUUAAGGAUUGGGAACAACACAGCCAAAUAACAAAAAAAGUAAAAGUUGGACAACAUGACACGGCGUAAGGUUUACGCUGAACACAUCAGUGCUUCAUCUCCACAGGCCCUUUAUCCUGUUCUUCUAUGUGAUAUAUGCACUCUAUGCUAUGCGAAUGUUGUCGUGUGUGUGUGUGUGUGUGUGUGUGUGUGUGUGUGUGGGUGUGUGUGAGUGUGUCCAUAUUUAAUGCAUGUGUACUUGCUUCCGGCUGCUGAUUGUUGUUUUUUCUGCCGUGACACUUUUUUCUCGAGCGUGUGAAUUGAUUGAGAAUGAGGCUGCUGUGUGUGUGUGUGUGUGUGUGCGUGUGUGUGAUUAUGGACCUUUUGUUCUUUGUUGUGAAGUGUCUUUGUGUUUCCUUAAACACUCCUCCAGGUUUUUGUCACUUCCAGGAGGAAUAAGUGGAUCCCCCCUGCAUGGUUUGAAUAUUUCAAGAAAUCGGGUUCUCCAGCUGGAGGUUGUGUUGUUUUAUUUCAUUGUCUCUGUGUGAGCCAGCGCAACACCCCAACGUCUCUACUAAUGCAGACAUGCUGUAUGUGUGUAUGCUCAAUAAUAUGGAGAGGAAGUAAAAAUGGCAUAUUCAGAGCAAUAGAACAAUUCAGCCAAAAAUCCUUCAUAAUGUGCGUAAGCAAUGUGAACUCCCAAAGCUGAGGUGUCGGUAAUUGCUAUUUAAAAUAAAGCAGUGUUUAAGGAUCUGAGGUGGUGUAUAUAUCUAUAUAUCAAAUGCUAUUUUAUAGUCUUAUAUCACAGCGCUGUUGUUUCUGUAUUCUCAUUGGGUAAUAGAUUUUUUUAUACCAGCAGCUCUGACACUACAAAGUUUUAAAAUAAAGUAGUACUAGUAAUAUGUUCUUGUUUCUAUAGUGUGAGCUCAUUCACAGGGCCAUGCAAGUUGGCACACUACAGAAAUUGAUUGAAAAAACAUAUAAUUGAGUAAGGAGAUGAUUAUUUAACGUUUAUAGGAGAAUUCUGCAAAGCUGUAACUUUAAGUCUUCCUGGUAAUGCGGUUCAUGAUUUGCCCUUUGUCUAUAAUAUGACAGGCAGCAUUUUGUUUGCACACAGAAUUUAAGGAACUUUGGCUGAAAAAUUGUCUCUGAAAAGCACUUUUUUUUCUCUCUCUCUAUUUCUCUCGUGCUUCCCAUUUAUUAAAUUGCGUGCUUCCUCGUUUCCUUUCCAUGCUUCCCUUCCUUGUUUUUUGCUUCUUCCUAUUCGGACAAAAGGGACGGCUGCACGAAAAGGAAACACAACCAGGGGAAACAUUUGUAGCAAAAGGUUUUGCCUAACAGGACACACUUACUCAGUGAUGCCUCAGUAAAGUGAUGUAGUGGAUUUCUGAAGUUCUGCACAACCAUAUAACACCAUGUUCACACUAACAAAUGACAAAACAACUUGUGUCACUUGUAGUUUGUCCCUUGAGGCCAUGCAGUGACCACUACUGUUAAAUCUUGUCGAUGAUGUGGUCUGGCUUUUUUUUAAACAUUACAUUUAUUCAACUAGAGUGGCUUCUGUGUUUUAUGUUUAACUUCUAAAGUCAGCUAGUUAAGCAUAAAUGAAGGAGCACACUAAUGUGUGAAAAUCAGUUGUUUCGUUUACUUGCUCUAUCCUUAAUGAGAUCAUAUGGCAAAAAAAGGGACAUGUUUGGAACUAAUCACAGGUAGGAAUUGAAGUUUCCCUGAAGAAGCACUGAUCACGCUAUUGGUCUGAGAAAGCAUUUGAAUUUGUAUUUGUUGCGGUUACAUAGAAUUAGGGAGAUCUUCAUUCUGACACUGUCAGUGAAAGUGUGCACACAAACUGUGCAUGUAUUUGAAAAUAAAUGGUCACCUGUUGCUUUGUCAAAUUUUAGUGUGGACAGUGUGUUACAUGGCACCAACUAACAAUAAACUUCCAUACACAUAUCAACCAAUAACUGAAACCUCACUUAUGCCUGCUUGAAUAGCACCAUUUUACCCUAUACAAGUACCCAUAUUACACUUUAGUCCUUACUUUUAUUACUUUUCUACUAUCUAUUGAACAUGUUUUUUCUGUAAUCUGUAAACCUCUUUCCUUAUCUGAGAUGGUUAAAGAAAUGAUACAUCUUCUAAGAUAGACAGUCAAGCUGACUGAUGAAGGAGGCAUCAAUUAGAACACUGGGAAGCACCCACUCUUUAUCUCCUCUAUCUUCAACUCUAUGUGCAUCUGUAGCUCCACGUCUUUUAAAGCCCGACUCACUCUGGACUCCUGGUGAAUGAUGUAGCACAUCAUGCUGCUUUCAUCUUGCUGUCCUGUUCAUGUGCAUUCUACAUUUUCCAGGGCGUUCGAUCCAAUUUCGAACAGUACCAAUUACACGCAGAGCUACUACCGAUGUGAUGCAUCUUUAAACCUAUUUCAAAAGUUCGACAUUUUCAACUGAUUAGUGUACAGUAAAGCACAGACAGAUCAAAUCUAUACAGACAGCACUGUGAUCGUCCACCUUGAAAUUAACUGACCCCUGAACUGUGACAACUGUCUGUCCUCUGUUGGUUUUAUUAUAUAUCACACACACAGAUGCACAUGAAUACCUUUUAAUUAACAGCAAUUAUCCAACCCUGGCAUCUGUGUGCAUCCUUAAUCGUCUUUAGUUUUAUGUUCAUUCACAAAUUCCCAAUCAGACUAAACCUAUUUAUGCUUUAACUACCAAAGCAAUAAUAUCAAAUAAUAUCAAUAUCAUGGUAACAAUUUGCUGUGUGUGUGUGUGUGUGUGUGUGUGUGUGUGUGUGUGUGUGUUAUGUGUUUACCCUAGUAGCAUUUUUAUUCAACUCUAUUAAUAUAAGAGUAUAUACAUUACAUAUGAUUAUAAAUUGACAUUAUGAGUAUUAAAGUUGCACUGUGUGCAAGUGUGUGAUGUUCAAACCAGCUCAAGUUUGUAGAAAUGAACUCGGGGGUGCUGUCUGAAAGCCGCAAGCUUUGACGCUCGAUUGACGUCUGACAGACUCACUUCAAAUGUAGCACACAAUCUUCUGUUAUUUAUGUUCUAAAAAGAAAAAGAGUAAAAAAAAUACAAUUAUAUAUAUAUAUGAAGAUUCCAAGAACGAAUGAAUGAUUAUAUUACGAUGCAAAGUAAAUAAUCAGUGAAUGUGUCAGUAAUGAAAAGAAUCGAUUGUAUAUUUAUUGUUAAAGAUUUUCUGUGGAUGAGUGAAACCCAAAUUUUUUUUACCUCUCACGUCUGCUCACUCCAAUCCUACUGACUCUUUAAAGUUCACUCAGGUUUUGUGUUCUAACAAUAAUUUUUUUCUUCCACUUUCCACACUCAGAUCUUUAAAUAUUCUUUACAGCUCAAGUAACGCACUCAACUGAACUUUGAAGUUUGUAGCUGUUUGAAUCAAAUGCACACAACCUUCCCUUCACAGCAAAUGUAGUCGAAAUGUUAAUCAUCAAGCUUGGAGGCUAAUGUAGCUAACAAUUUACAAACAUCUGUCAUCUCUUUCAGUGAUGUUAUACAGUGCAACUUCUUGUCGUCUAGCUGAACACUGGAACUUUAAACGUUUUUUUUUCAGUUUGUUAAUUUGCAGAAACCAUUAGAAUGCUUUCACAUAUGUAAAAAUUACUUGGUUUGAACUGAACCCAUGUGAGAACACAGCAGUCACAUUAAGGGCUGAGAGCAUAGGUGAGGCCACUGUCAAGUGCUAGAGGCAGGUCAGUGGAUAAGGCAUUAGGCUAUUGAUCAAAUCAAAUCCCAGCAGGAUUAAAAUGCCAUUGUUGCACCCGUGUCCUUCAACAGCUCUUUUAUAGUCCAUUUAAUCUGUAUGUCGCUCUAGAUAAAAUCAUAUUCGCAAGUAAACUCUAGCUUGACUUGAUUAGCAUGAACAAGGGAUUUGUUUCAAAAUCUAUCCAAGUGUAGGAAGUACAUUAACCUGCUGUACUAGUUAUGUAUGGUAUUAACUUAUCAUUGGGGACCGUGUAUUCAUGGAAAAGUUUUGUUUAUAUUUUACCAACGUUAUAUUUGAGUGGUGAACCUUUUUUUAUUUUUUUUAUUCUAUGAUCUAGAAGAGCAGACUAAUAGGUGUGGAUUUGUGCAAGGUUUUUAUUUUUUGGAAUGUUCGUUAUUAGAAAACAUAAUGUAUAAAGUGGGACCCUGUUAGAACGAAAGUAGGAACGGUUUUGUUAACAGGAAGCGAGACAGCUAACUGUGAGGAGUGACGUAUGCUUGUGUCUGCAAAACAUCAAACUAUAUAGUUGGAGAGAUCUUAUUGAGUGUAUAAUUAAUAAUACUGAAUUGGUGAGGCAUUUUCUUCCUUUGUUAAUUGAGGGAUCUAUUCGAAGGUCUAGUUCUUCCUCUUGGAAAUGGAAUCACUUUUAUCUUUGCUUUAUCUUUGUGCUUUCUGGGCCCUGCCAUAUUAGAAAAAAUUCAAGACAGAGUUGGAAACUAUAUUUCAGUUUCGAAUUUAAACGUAAAAAUAAGCUUGCUUUUUUAAAAAAAAAUAUUACUUUUGUAUAUUAAAAUUAUCUUAAAAAUCAGUUUGAAAUAAUUAUCUGACAAUUUAAGGAAAUAUAUGCAAUUUAAAAAGGAAUGAUAGACUUCAGUUAGUUGUUAGCUACAUUAGAUUGGGAUUCAUUCUUUAAAAGACGUGCAUUUGGAUUGAAAGGGAAGUUGUACAAUGGGUCAGUUUGAUGUUCUGUCUAACUGUUACAGUGAGUAAAUAUUUACAUUGUUUAUUUUCUGAGAUAUCAAAUUGUACCUAAGCAUUAUUUUCUGAUGGGGGUUCAGUGAUCAUUCUGACAGUCUACAGAUGCUUUGGGACGUUGGGGUGUAAUGUGAUGGGCAGCAACUGUUGCUAUAAUGAAAACGAGAUCCAUAAUAUUUAGGCUUGAUAUUAGCUAAAAGGACACUGAAGUGAGUGAGUCUGAAAGGAAAGUGGGGGGACAAAAAGGAUGUUGUGCCCUUUAAAAAAAAAAAAAAAAAGGGCACGCACUUAAGAAACACACAAAGAUGUUACCAUUACAGUGUAUUAUGAUGAUUUUAUGUAAAAUGUUACUGUUGAAACCCUAGAGUUCACUUGUACUUCAUUAGAGUGGAUAAAUGACAAUAUUAAUGCAAUAUCAUAUUACUCUGUACUAAGGAAUGCAACCGCACACAUGCACAGAAAAUAUGUUUUUAAAAACAAAAGAAUAUAUGUACAAAUAUAUGACAAGAAAUCUAAUUAUAUACAUUGAUUAGAAUGCUAUGCACCCUUAUUAGAGUUGUUAUAGAUGUAUUUUAAGCAUAUUAGCUAGAACAAGAACAUGUCCAUACAUGAAUAUGGGGAAUGUAGAGCUAGCUCUAAACCUGUUUUCUUUUUUCUUUUUUUUUUAUUGCUAUGGAGAGAAAAAUAAAUAAACCUAAAUAUGUAUACAAGCCUUUUAAUCAGAUUCAUUCUGACAAGGAUAUGUAUAGUUCAUUUAUCCUGCACACCAGCUCAGACCAUUUACAAAAACUUAAUAAAGAACCAUGUGACAUAUUG